GACAUAAACAUGCGCACAUUUUUUGUGAGUUAAAAUGGAAAUAUUUAAUAAUCGCCCGGGUUUUUGUCCAUCUUGUGGAUCGCUUUUGCCGCCACUAGCUGUAAAAGGCAAUGUCAUCUGCUAUAACUGCAAGCAAGAGUUUCUGCCUGAUGUUUAUAGCGGCGAGAGUUCAGAGUUUACAAUACACUUUAACACCUAUGAUCCCAACAAGUUGCUGAAGAAGAGCCAUGGCGAGUCGGAAGACGCAGAAGCCGAUGGUCCCGUUGUAGAACGCAAAUGUCCCAAGUGCGGUCACGAGAAAAUGUCCUAUGCCACCUUACAGCUACGCUCGGCAGAUGAAGGACAGACUGUAUUUUUUACCUGUCUAAAAUGCAAAUAUAAAGAAUCUGAGAAUUCGUAAACUUCGUCUAACUUCUUACUAUUAGUAUGUGUAAAUAAAAUAUCCUACA